AUGUCCAGUUGUAAUACGUCUAACGUUGAACUGCUCUCAGACCGGGUCGCUGCCACGUCUCUGGGGAGGCGUCUUGACAGGGAAAAGCAACGACAGGACAGGAUUUUUAAUACUAAAAUUAGAACAAUUGGGAUUGAUAAACUUGCGCUGGACAACCAAGUGAAAGAAAAAAAGGCCGAUGCUGAGGCUAAGAGAGACUCACUAAACGCGUAUGCUGCAGAAAUGGGUCAGAGUGACAUAUCAGCUUGCCUCUUCGACAGCCAACAAGCGAAGGAGUGGCGGGUAUUGGAGGAGGCCACUGUUAGCUACCGACGGCACUUUCAGCAGCCCUGGAGCCAGCGGGAGGAUGAUCUAAACAACCCUGAACAUUAUAUUAAAGCCGACAGAGUAGAUGCACAGAUGAUGCUCCCAGGCCUUGCGGGUGAGGACCCUGAUAGGACGGACAGGCUGAGGCGGCAGAAGGAGCAGCUCAGACAGUGGUCCAUCCAACAGCAGAAGGAGCGGGCAGCUACAAGGCAGCAAGAAAAACUUAAGGAUGAGCAGUAUGAACAGGACCAAAUAAAGUUGGACAACAAAGCUCUCCAGCUUCAGAAGAUUGAGGAGGAAAGGAGGAAAGCCAUAGCUGUCGCCACGAAAGACUUUAAUCUUGCCAAGGCAGCGGAGACGAAGAGGAAGCAACGUAUGGAGCAAGAGAGGAAUGAGGAGGACAACCGAGCAGACAUCCUCAACCACCUGCAGUUGAUUCGUGAUGCUGAACUAAGCUCAUGUGUGUUGGGUGGGCCACUUCUUGGACCAGGUGCCAAUACGAGGGCCUCCCAGAACCAGCAGCAGAUGACCCAGUUCCAUAAAGAGCAAAUAGGGGAGAAGAAGAGGUUGGAGUUAGAGAGGAAACAAGAAGAGUGGCAACAAGACCGUUUGCGCCUAGACUCGGCUCGUGCAACUCUACUACUGGAGAGACGGCUAGCCAGAAUCAACAAGCAGAUAAGAGGAGACCUGGACAGCGCCAAUGCCAAACUCGCCGAGGAGCAGAAACAACAGAAAAAAUUCCUUGAAAAGGAGUACAAGAGCAGCCUUGAUGACAGCUUCUUCUCCAAGUUCAACACCAGCAGCCGGUGACUGAUGACACACUGCAUGAAUGACUGAGUCAUUAGAAUGGAUAUCUAUGGACGACUUUCUUACAUGAGAAAAAUACAAAAAAUGAAUCAAAGCCGUAAUGGGUAAUGCAUUUUCUCAUAUGAAGCUCACA